AUGAAGCAGGUCGCGGUCCAGCUCCGGACUGUUUCAUGUGGACCCCUAAACUGCAAGAACCCCAAGACCAUGAUCUCGCCGCCGUAUCUGCUCUACAGCAUCUUGAACACCAUCCAAAAGGGCCCCCAAGGGUACUUGGUUGAUGGCGACUGA